GUGAACUAGCGCUGGGGUUGGUUAGGUGGUUCAUCAGUUUGAGAACACUUAGCUAUUGAAAAUUCCGAUUAAUAAUGGCAUUUCAAUCAUUAUAAUUGUGUGAGAAGACCAGAGAAUAUGCAUGAGGUCUAAAGGAUUCCACUUGGAGGUGCUCACGCUUGUCGUGCUCUCGGUUAUACCUUGGCCCGGUCCGACCGUCUUCAAGAUAUCCUGUCCUCGAGACAGUGCCACAAUUGUCCGCAAAAUAGUCCAAAAGAAAUGGAUGCCAGUUCUGGAGAAGUAUGGUGUGGGUCUACCGCUGGACUGCCCUUUCCACCCCUUGCGGGACAUCUUCAGACCGCAACAGGCGGCCAAACUGCAGCACCGCAACAGUCAGUGGACAUGUGGCUUCUGUGGCAAGUCCUUUUAUGACGAGCGCUUUCUAGAUCUCCAUUUUGACAACAGACACAAGAAUAAUAUUAACAUGGCGGAGGAUGCUGUCUGCUUGGCAGACUACUGCGACAUAAUGAGGUGUGAGGUGUUACGCACACAGGAUCUCGGCUCAGAAGUGUCACCCGGUAACACUGACAUCGAGAUAUGGCGGGAGGCAACUGCGUACCACACAGCACUGACUCCCGCUGGUCCGCGGGACCUGGCACGUGUGUCACUACGUGGAGGCGUGUUACAACGUGCUGACACACCUCCUACGCCCCCCGCCAGCACACACCACUGCCCCCGCUCGGCCGCCCCGCCCUCCGAUACUGAGAACAACACCGCCGACGUCUGUGAUAACCUGCUCGACUCCUCUGUACCGCCCAAACACCAACGAAUCAGUGAACUACAGAAGCUCAAAGCCAACUGCAAACCUGAAGAGCUGCAGAAGCUCAAGAUCAGGUGUGAGGUGUUGGUGCGUGAUUGUAUUGCCGGCCUUCUAGUCAACCUGUCCAUUCAAGAUUUUAAAGAUGUUGAAGAGGAGCUGAACCAAGCCGUCUGCUGGUACCUGACCUGUGACCGCUAUUGGCAAGACUCCCCUUCGGACCCACGUCACUUUCCCUGGGGCCUCGUGUUCGUCUUCGUCAUGGUCCUCUCUCUCGGCAUCUGCCUCUGUUACUACAUCAUCUGGGUUCUCUUUGACUCAGAUGACAUGAGUGUGGCCAGCACAAGUGUAACGGCCAGCUCGUCUCCGGCGCACCACUCCCACUACAGCGAAGAGUAUUAUGCCCCCGAUGAUUUGGCGCACAGCGAACACUACAUCUACGUCACUUAUCCUCCUGAUCUCAAGCGGCGGCUGCUGGAAAGCUGUUACAACCGAACAACACGUCUGUGAGUGCUCUGAUAGAGGAAGGUAAUACUGAAUCGAGCAGCUGUUGACUAACAGCGACACAGACUCAGAGGAACAUCUCGUAUGACAGUGGUGGCGGAACCCAAUCGUGGCAACGGACUCGUUUAAAUUAAUCAAUUGUACAAAUGCCUUUGCUAACUUCUAUCAUUAUUGUCGCUCGAUUUCAAUGAAGUGAUUGCAGAACACUUGUGUUACAAGAACUAUACAAACCAAUGUAGCUUUUAUAGAGAAAAUCAAUUGAUUCUGUUGUAGCGAACGUAUUUAUCACUUCUUCACUUCUUGUUUCAGAUAAUAGAAUAAACGUUUCCUCUAGUUUUGUUAAUAACUGUUUUAUAAACAGGUUAAGUUAGCUUUUAUUCAUGGUAAGUUUUGUCAAUUAACAUCUAUGAUUUUUAUAAUGUCCAGAUAUUUUAUUGAUAAUGCAAACAAAAAAAGGAAAAAUCAAUUUAAAAUGUUUCAUGUUGUAAUGGUAUUGGAAACUAAAAUAUAAUUUUACAAGAUAUAUUUUACUUAUACAAGUUGUUUUACUUUUAACAUUUAGCAAUUCAACUGUGAGGGAAACAUUGGAAAAUAUUUCAACCAUUUGACAGUAUUCAGUUUUCCAGUUAACUCUAGUUGAGGCAGUGCAUAAAAAAGAUCAUCUAUAUGUAAAUACAUAAUUUGAGUUACCAAGAAGUUACUUAACUCUUUUAUACUGGUUGAAAACCACGGAAUUGUAUAUGCCCUCAUUUUUCAUGGUACUUACAUGGUUCUAUUGCAUACUUGUGAACCAAGAAAGUUGAAAAAUAUAAAAAAAUAUUUUACUUUAAAUUUUAUGUUUAUGAUGCAAAAAUGUUCAGAGUAAAAUUAUAUUUUUUUAUAAACUUAUAAUAAAAACGUGUUCUAUACUCAAAACAAAUUAAAUAUUUUAAUAGAAGACUACAUAUCAAAGUAGUUGAAAUUGUUGAUUUAUUAAAUAAUAAAGGUAAAAAAACAAAUUUUUUAGGAGCAAAAUUUGAAAAGUUUCUUAAAUACAAAAUUGAAUAGUUAUUUCCAUGAAGUGUGUAUUUUAUUAUGAGUUACAUGUAGUGGUAGACAACUGCUACCUGGUCUGUUUCAGUAGUAAAUUUUACUAGGUCUUAAAAGGGUUAAAUAUUUCAUUGUUUAAGUUUAAAAAUUGCUAACAAUGCUCUAAACUCUCGUCAAAGCAUGCUCUGCGUGAAAGCAACACUACAAAAUUGAGUACCUAACAGAAGAACUUUAAGAUGUUAUAUAUAAAACUCUUUUUCCAACCAUGUAUUUAUUUUUAAUCAGGCAUUUCAAGAUUUUCUUUGACUCAAAAUGCAACUACUUUAGAGUUAGUUUCAAAACAUUUGCACAAAACUGCUACAGUUGUGGUAAUAUUAAAGUAUGUAACAUAUCAUACUGCCAAAUAAUGAAGUGUUUUAGAUAUUGGAAAAAUGUGCAAUCCAUCCAAUAUAAUGUGUUGUUUAUUUAGGUGCUGUCUUAACUAACAACAAUGCACAAAAAUGCAAAUACAGGCUGUUACUGAAAAUAUUCAAAACCUUAGUCUAAGAGCAGAGAGCGCUAUUGCAUUUUAUACACACACAACCUAGUUUUUUGUGAAAUCAGUAGAGAAAUCUACAUUGUAAUCUACAAAAAAAUCUAUUGUAAAAUUGGGAGAGAGUAACUCGUUUUAUUAAAAGGGCUAUAAAGAUAUAACAAAAAUAAUUUUUUUCUCAGAUCAUUUUAAUUUUAGUAUCAUAAAAAGCAUACUUACUUAAAUAAUACUCAUAAAUAAUAUGUCAGUGUCAAACUAAGAGACUCGGUCAUCACUUUCAGCCAAAACACUGGUUUUAAUAGAGUUGACUGAAUCUAAUUUAUCUUUUAUCUGAAUCAUGUAUCAAAAUGGAAGAUUUGAUCGGAGAUGUAGUUAUUGUUUUGUGUCUAAAUUCUUUUAAUACCCUUACAUUUCAAUCCCUAACAAUACUUACGCUUAUGGCGAUCAAUUUCUUUCUUAGGGUAAUUUCAUCUAUCAAUUUACAAAAAACUAGGUUGUAUGCUCAUAUUCUGCAAAUUGGCUCUCCACUCCUAGAUUAUCUUGUAACCAUAUGGUUGUCAGAAAAGAUCUUUUUCUUCUAACAAACAUGGGUCUGGAACUUUCUUUUUAAGCCUUUGAUCUAACUUCAAAUGUAAAUUUUAACAAAAUGCCAAAGUGGUGUCACAAUUUUUUUUCAGCCUGAGUCAAAUUUUGCUUAUUAAAGCCUCCACUGCUUAGAAAUAUUUACAACUUUAUGGCCUAAUAAAAACAUUGUUUGGCUGCUGUAAUAAAAAUACAAAUUUUACUAACCCAAUCCAAGACCUAAAUUUUGAAAACAAUUACUUGUGAACUCUUGUUCAUAGGAAGAAAAUAUUGUAUUUUAAAUAGGUUUGAAUUAAUAGGGCUGAAAGAAAGCCAAGGACUACUACUAGAAAUAAGAAAAUCAGCAGGUUUAUCUUUAAAACUACCAUCUAGGGUCUACUGAUUUGAAAGAAUGCAGAAAAGUACAAAUAUUUUAGUGAAAAAGAGAAUUGGCAACCCUGCUUCACACACUGACUCUGCAACCCAAAGUGGACAGACAACUAGAAUGUUCUCUACUGCUUAAGAAAAAUUCCAGUGCAAUCGAAAAUUUCUAAAUAGAUGUAAAAUAUAUGUACUUUUAAAUUUUUUUUCAAAUCAGUGGAUCCUAGAUGGUUGUUUUGAGGGUAGGCCAGAAAAUUCUUCUACCAACUAGUGAUAAUGUGUUUUUAAUAUGUUAUUGUUUAUGUUAUAUAUGUUGUAAUUAUGUUUUAUAUUUAUUUAUAUUUUAUAUUGUACAGGACACAUUUCCAAGGGACUGUACAUGGGUUUAGAAAUCCUCUCUAUAUAAGUAUUGUUAAAUAAUUGGUAUUAUGCACAAUAAACGUUCAAACAAGAAGUUUUACGUUUUUUAAGUAUCUCUUCCUUCAGUGCCUACUUAAUGGCAGCAUACGCUUAUUUAUUAAUGUCGCAAGUAUAUUGAAUACAAUAUUUUACGUUUAAUCUUGUUAUUUCAAUUAUAUAAUUCAGUAUUACAAGCUUAUAUUACUGCUUGAUAAAUUGGUUCCAAAUAACUCUUUGAAUAACAUUUAGAGGACAAAUAUUAGAAUAUUCAUAAUGAAAUAGAUUUGUUUGAGGGUGAGAUAUAAAGUUAUAAUUCAUUCUCUCCGUUUGUCCAGUAUCUUUAGUAUUUUUUACAUAAGAAGAAGAGAAAUAUUACAGUUAGGAAUAAAAUAUUUGACGGAACAUGGAAAACUGUAGUACUAAAAUCUUUGUUACAAACGUAAUUUUGAAGCUACAGUAUGUCAAAGAUUAUUAUUGACUACCAAUUCAAAUGUAAAAGAGAAAUAGACUUAAUAAAAGAAAAAUUAUUUUGGAUGUCAAAAUUUGUAUAGAAAUUAACUAUGGUAUUUUUUAGUUUCUUCCUGGUGUUUUUAAUGUUCUUUAGUUAAAUAAAACAUCCAUACAAAUAUUCAUCGUAUACAAAUAAAGAUGUUUAAAACCAUUUCAAAAUAAAAAAAUCUCUAUUUUAUGUGCCUCAUUUUUUUCAACUUUAACCUUUGUUUUAAGAUAGUUUUAAAACUUGUUAUGCAAUCAAUAUUAAAAAUCUGUUUUGCCAGAUUCUAUGUUUCAAGCACUUUGAAUAGCUGCACAAAAUAUUUGUACAAUUUAGCAGUAAACGUUAUUAAGCAAUCUCAA